UCGUUCGAGGUGGUGUAACGUUCAUACUAUUUUGUUUUAAAAAGCCAAGCCAAACACCCGAACUUUUCUUUUUCCGGUGUGGGCCACAAAAAACACCCCCCCAAACCGAAGUUUUCAAACCCUAAAACUCAUAUACACACUCUGCUUCGUACCACAUUCUCUCGCCGGCGAAACCAACUUCCGAACACUCCCGCCGCCGACGAACCACCGUGCCGGCUCAGACUGCUUCGCUGCGAUCGGAACUUCAUUUCGAUCUAAGAUCACAAUAAUCUUCAACGCUACUGCAUUCCAUCUAUCUGCUGACGUAUAAUGGCGGUUGAAAAACUUUUUAAAGAUGAAGCUACUGAAGAAAAGGGUGAACGAGCCCGUAUGGCUUCCUUUGUUGGAGCCAUGGCAAUAGCUGACUUGGUCAAAACAACAUUAGGCCCUAAAGGAAUGGAUAAAAUAUUACAGUCUACAGGUAGAGGACACAGUGUCACUGUCACUAAUGAUGGUGCGACAAUCCUAAAGUCCCUUCAUAUCGACAACCCUGCUGCUAAAGUUCUUAUUGACAUCUCAAAAGUGCAAGACGAUGAAGUGGGUGACGGGACUACAUCAGUGGUAGUUUUGGCUGGUGAACUUUUAAGAGAAGCGGAAAAGUUAGUAGGAUCAAAAAUUCAUCCAAUGACUAUAAUUUCAGGUUUUCGUAUGGCUGCUGACCGUGCCCGUAAAGCAUUGCUGGAUAGGGUCAUGGAUAAUAAAGAUGAUGCAGAGAAAUUCAGGUCAGAUUUGAUGAGGAUCGCUAUGACCACUUUGAGUUCAAAAAUUCUUUCACAGGAUAAGGAACAUUUUGCAAAAUUAGCUGUUGAUGCUGUUAUGAGGCUAAAAGGGAGCACAAACUUGGAGGCCAUUCAAAUUAUCAAGAAAGCUGGAGGCUCCCUUAAGGAUUCGUUUCUGGAUGAGGGAUUUAUUCUAGACAAAAAGAUUGGCCUUGGGCAACCAAAACGUAUAGAAAAUGCAAACAUUUUGGUUGCAAAUACAGCAAUGGACACCGAUAAAGUAAAAAUCUACGGAGCACGUGUUCGGGUAGAUUCAAUGGCUAAAGUUGCUCAGAUUGAAGGAGCAGAAAAAGAAAAAAUGAGAGAAAAAGUGCAAAAGAUAAUUGGUCAUGGGAUUAAUUGCUUUGUUAACAGACAGUUAAUCUACAAUUUCCCUGAAGAAUUGUUUGCUGAUGCUGGCAUUCUUGCAAUCGAGCAUGCUGAUUUUGAGGGUAUUGAGCGCCUUGCUUUAGUUACUGGUGGAGAAAUAGCAUCAACUUUUGAUAAUCCGGAAUCGGUUAAACUUGGGCACUGUAAACUCAUUGAGGAGAUUAUGAUUGGUGAGGAUAAAUUGAUCCACUUUUCGGGUGUUGAAAUGGGUCAGGCAUGUACCAUUGUUUUGAGAGGAGCAAGCUUCCAUGUUCUUGAUGAAGCAGAAAGAUCCUUGCAUGAUGCUUUGUGUGUACUGUCUCAGACGGUAAACGACAGUAGGGUUCUCUUAGGAGGUGGAUGGCCUGAGAUGGUGAUGGCAAAGGCAGUGGAUGAGCUGGCACGAAAGACCCCUGGCAAAAAAUCUCAUGCCAUUGAAGCUUUCUCGCGUGCCCUCAUCGCAAUUCCAACAACUAUUGCUGACAAUGCCGGUUUAGACAGCGCUGAGUUAGUAGCUCAACUUCGUGCUGAGCACCACAAAGAGGAUAGCAAUGCAGGAAUUGAUGUGAUCACCGGCACUGUUGGAGACAUGUCGGAGCUUGGAAUAUCAGAGGCGUUUAAGGUGAAGCAGGCUGUAUUGCUCUCUGCAACCGAAGCUGCAGAAAUGAUUCUGAGGGUUGAUGAAAUCAUCACCUGUGCACCAAGGAGGAGAGAAGAUAGAAUGUAGGAUGUUCCAUGUCAUGUGUCAUUGACCAUUUGGUUACUGUGCUUCGGGGGUUACCAACAUCGGGUGUAGUACCUAAAGUUUUGAGUUUUGUUUGAUGGUAAUGUUGAAUUACGUUAUUUGUUUUCAAUGUUCUCUUCUUUUGAAGGGCGACUACGUUGUAAACUGUUGUCUUGUAUCCAGUUUGAGUUUGCAGAUCAUUUCGAAAAUACGAAGCCUA